CCGGCCUGGGCGUGUGGGCGCGCCGUAGGGUGGAGCACGGGGAGCGCCUGGGGCCGUAUGAUGUCCAGCACAGGUCUCCGCUGAUGGAGCGCAUGCACGGCUGGGAGGCCUUGGAUGAGUCGGGCCAUGUGAAGUUCUGCUCGGAUGCCAGCCAGCCUGAUAUCGGGAGCUGGCUGAAGCACGUCCAGUUCGCCCCACUAGCCCACCAGCACAACCUCACUGCGUGCCAGCGUGAGGAUCAGAUAUUGUACAAGGUAACGCGUGACAUUGCCCCCGGAGAGGAGCUGUUACUGUACAUGAAGACAGAGGAGCGUUCAUGUGAGACCAUGGCUCCUGAUAUUCACGAAGAGAGACAGUACCGGUGUGAGGAGUGUGAUCAGCACUUUGAGUCUCGGACCGAGUUACUGGAUCACCAGAAGCAGCCCUGUGGGACACCCCAUUCUGCCCUCUCCCUGGGGGACCAGAGCCUGCCCAACCUGGCAAGCAACGACCUUCACCACCAUGACCUGCGGGAUUCCCACGACCUGCACGACCCUCACGACCUGCGCGACCCCCGUGACCUUCACGACCCUCAUGACCUGCGCACUCGCCAUAUCCCUCACAGCCUUCAAGAGUGUAAGGAGUGCGACCAGGUGUUCCCCGAUGCCCAGAGUCUGGAGGCACAUGCCCUGACACACUCAGAGGAGCGCGAGUAUAAGUGCGACCAGUGCCCCAAGGCCUUCAACUGGAAAUCAAAUCUGAUUCGCCAUCAGAUGUCACAUGACAGUGGCAAGCACUAUGAAUGUGAAAACUGCUCAAAGCAGGUGUUCACGGACCCCAGUAACCUGCAGAGACACAUCCGCUCUCAGCAUGUUGGUGCCCGGGCACAUGCCUGCCCAGACUGUGGCAAGACCUUUGCCACUUCCUCAGGGCUGAAACAGCACAAGCACAUCCACAGCAGCGUCAAGCCCUUCAUAUGUAAGUCCCUAAGACCCUUCAUAUGUGAGGUGUGCCAUAAGUCCUACACGCAGUUCUCCAACCUGUGCCGGCACAAGCGCAUGCACGCUGACUGCCGCACGCAGAUCAAGUGCAAGGACUGCGGCCAGAUGUUCAGCACCACCUCAUCCCUCAACAAGCACCGCCGCUUCUGUGAGGGCAAGAACCAUUUCACGGCGGGCGGGUUGUUUGCGCAGGGCAUCUCGCUCCCUGGCACCCCCACGCUGGACAAGUCCGCCAUUGGAGGGGUCGGCCACAGCGGUGCUGGCCUGGCAGACUACUUUGGGGCAAACAGGCACCACGGCGGGCUGACUUUCCCCGCUGCCCCUGCCUUCCCCUUCACCUUCCCUGGCCUCUUCCCCUCAGGACUGUACCACAGACCCCCCCUCAUCCCAGCCACCUCCCCAGUGAGGGGGCCCACAGGUACCGAGCACAGCAAGAGCCCUCUCUUGACCCCUCUGCAGGGGACGCAGGGUGCCCAGAACCUUCUGAAGACACUCUGCAAAGAGACACUCCCCAACGAUCCCCAGGGCGCCGAGCACCAGACGGAGAGCUCCAACAAGCAGAGGCACGUGGGUAAGCUGAGCGACCAAUCAGAGAGCAGCGACCUCGACGACGUCAGCACGCCCAGCGGCAGCGAUCUGGAGACGACGUCCGGCUCAGAGUUGGAGAGUGACCCGGAGAGCGACCGAGAUAGGACCAAGGACAACGACAGGGAGGUGGACCGUGAGAGAACCAGAGAGAAUGGAAAACCACGGAAGAGGAAGGCCGGGAGCCCCCAGCACCUGCCCUCUGUCGCAGGCCACGCCCUCUUUCCCCCAACACUGGAUGAGCACUCGGCUGUUUCUGGCGCCGUCAACGACUCCAUCAAGGCCAUCGCCUCCAUUGCAGAGAAGUACUUCGGCUCCUCGGGGCUCGCCGGUUUGCAGGACAGAAAGGUGGGGGCUCUGCCGUACCCUUCCAUGUUCCCCCUGCCUUUCUUCCCAGCUUUCUCCCCCCCUGUCUACCCCCUCCCCGAGCGAGACCUACGGCCCCCACCCCUCAAGCUGGAGCCACAGUCACCCCCCUGUGAAAUGAAGAAGGGCCAGAGCAGGAACUCCGAGUCACCUUUUGACCUCACCACCAAGCGCAAAGAGGAGCGGGCACCUCCGUCCGUGUCCUCGAAGCCGGGGGUGUCACUUUCGGCUGGUCAGGACCAGCCCCUGGACCUAAGCAUGAGCAGCAGGAGCCGGGGUGGGUCAGCCAAAGGGGACGAGUCCAGGAAGAACCACAUAUUUGGAGAGGAAAAGGCAGAGGUGGUGACACCAAAAGCAGACUCCUCGUUGCAGCAUGCCAGACCCACACCCUUCUUCAUGGACCCCAUCUACAGCAGGGUUGAGAAGAGGAAGAUGAACGAUCCGUUUGAGGCUCUUAAAGACAAGUACAUGCGACCGGCACCUGGUUUUCUCUUCCAUCCACAGAUGUCCGCCAUCGAGAACAUGGCGGAGCGGCUGGGGACCUUCACCUCGCUCAGACCGGAGGCCGGCGACCUCAUCCGCUCCGUCCCCUCCAUGUUCGACUUCAGAGCCCCGCCGAAUGCGCUGCCGGAGACUCUCCUACGCAAGGGCAAGGAGCGCUAUACCUGCAGGUACUGUGGGAAAAUAUUCCCAAGAUCUGCCAAUCUGACCCGGCAUCUGAGAACCCACACUGGAGAGCAACCAUACAGGUGUAAGUACUGCGACCGCUCCUUCAGCAUCUCCUCCAACCUGCAGCGUCACAUCCGCAACAUCCACAACAAGGAGAAGCCCUUCAAGUGUCACCUGUGCGACCGCUGCUUUGGUCAGCAGACCAACCUGGACCGUCACCUGAAGAAGCACGAAAAUGGAAACCUCUCAGGCACUGCCCUGUCCUCCCCGCGCUCCGAACUGGACAGCAGCAGCGCUAUCCUUGACGACAAAGAGGACUCUUACUUCAACGAGAUCCGAAAUUUCAUCGGCAGUACAGGCCAGAGCCAGCACUCUCCUGAACCCUCUGAGGAAGGGCUUAAUGGCAGUCAGCUGGAAGAGGAGAAGGUGCUGAUGCCCAACCAGUCACAGGACCUGGAUGAAGAAGAAGGGGAGGAGUUGGGCAUAGACGAAGAAGAAGCUGAGCACAGAGACACUUUGGGAAAGCAUGGGGAUGAACCGCUCCCUGGGAACCUGGACAAUGACAUCAUCCAGGAUGACAUUGACUUUGAAGGACCAGAUGAUUUAGAGCUAAACUGCAAGGCCUCCCCUAGGAGAUAUGAAGAUGAGGAGGAUCAGAGCAGCUUCUCUGCCCUGGACCACAUCCGCCGCUUCUCUGACAUGCACAAAAUGGAGGAGAGUGAGUACAGCGAUGGUGACAGUGCCAGCUACGGGACCCCACACCUGCCUGAGUCCAUAAAGCAGCCGCUCUACAGGAAGUCCAAGUCCCAGGCUUAUGCCAUGAUGCUGUCUCUAUCAGAGAAGGACCCGCUCCACACAGCUGCCCACGCGCCCACAGACAUGUGGCACAGCCUGGCACGAGCUGCAGAGUCCAGCGCCAUCCAGUCCCUCAGCCACGUAUAACCCCCUCGCCCCACCGAACCCAGCCCCGACCUGACCGACAAACCACACUGGGACCAAGUCCGACCCGGUUUCGGGGCCAGUGGGGACCGUGGCCCUUUACUGACUGCUGAGCAGAAUGCCUUACACAUCACCAGGGUUACCAGUCCCAAGAGAUCCACAAAAUUAAGUCUUCGAAUAAAAUCUUUAAAGCGAUAGAAAAAAAAAAUUGUCACCUUAGAUUGAUCGAUGACAUUAAUAGCGAUGAUAAUGAUGACGAUAAUAACUGUAUUUAUUCUGUUGAAUUUCUCUGUUUUGCACAGCGAAGGCAGCUGGUGUUUAGGAAGAUUAGCAUGACGUAACGAAACGUUAGCGUUGUGAAUUUCAGCAGCGUUGGCGCUGACCGCGCCGAGAGAGUCUUCCGUAAGAGAAUCAUGAAGUAAAUCUGACCGCAAGCACUCUGCCCAAUCCCACAGGUCCGUCUCUGACUCUGUCGAACUCUGCCCUCGGCCUCCAGCCCUCCCCAUUCCCCCUCACCCCAACACCCCCCCCCACAGCCCCACCAUGAUUGGAAAGAUCGGCAUCUCUUCCAUCUGUGCGUAGCUUUUAAAAGGCAUUUGAGUGGAAUACCCUGUGACCUCUUCAGCCACAGAGAGGAGAAAUAAAGGCGUCACACGCAAAUGAGGCGAGAGUCUGAGCUGACUUCAUCUCCCGAGUCAGGCGAUGUUACUGAAACGUUAUCCAAACAUUAUCAUUUAGGAAAAAAAAACUCUAAUCACCGAUCUCUUUAUGAGACCUAAAGAAAUUGCAUUGGUGUGUGUUCCUGCACAAUCAAAGCACUGUCUGUGGCUGUCUACAAACCAUCUACAGACUAAAGUACUGCAGCCAUCCCAUCACUCUGCAAAAAUGCAAAAAAUAGCAAGUACUGAACUUUAUUGUCAUUCAGUGAAGGACCUCUUCUAAUACAAGUUCCUUGUACUCAGUCACUGAUACCACUAAAUAACCUGAAUGCUAGUCGUUAGCUACUCCAUCUCCAUGUCUCUUUCAUUUUUAGACAAUCAUGUUUUCCUUUUGUUGCUGUUGAUGUUGUUGUUGUCGAUGUUACUGUGGUGUAUGUUGGGAAUUGUAUUUAUUUCUUGGCAAACUGUAGUUUGUUUACUGAAUAGCACUGCUCUUAGCCUGGCGAAGAGCCGAUUCCUCGCUGGGCCUGUUCCAGAAGUCUGUGGGGUUUGUAGAAUACGUAUGAGUGCCGGAUAGUAUUAAACAUGCCAUUCAUUCCUUAUUCUUCUAAUGAAGCUGGUUGAUGAAAUAGAUAUUACUUAGGGUCUUUUGUAUGACAAUUUAUUGAUUCAAUUGUAAAAAAAAAAAAAAGAAUUAAAGAAUAAAAAAUAGCAGGUAUUAUUUCCUCAUAACCGCAUGAUUGGUCUGAUUAGAACUGUACCUGAUAUUUUCUACGGUUGUGUGCAAGCUCGUGUGACGUUCGGUCAUGUUAAUCCUUUGUGCCAAACGUAUAAUAAAUAACAGAUUAUACACAUUUAUUUUCCUGUGUUGAG